AUGUGGCCUGAUCUUCACGAGAAGGACCAUGAAAUACAGUCAGAGUGCCUGAAAUGUGACGGUGCCUGGGUCAAGACGGGCAUCGAGCUCUUGGGACUGACCCAGCAAAGCUCUGCUCCAUAGACUAUGCUCGUGCUGAGGGAGGACGACCGGCCCCGACUGCCCCCCGUCCAAGGCCAUUUGAUCCAGACCGUCCAGCAUCCAUCGAGGAACCAGGUAUCUGGAGAGGCACCCGGCAACGGAGCCAUGUUGAAUCCAUCGCGUUCUAUGACCACCAGGACCCCCGUCUUUGCCAAUUUUCCGGUGGCUCCCACGACCCUCGAAUACUGGUGUUCGAUCGCCUACUUUGAAAGGAACAUCCAGGUAGGAGAGACCCUUAAGUUCCUCUCGAGCUGCCCAAUUGUGACCGUUGACGGCUACAUGGACCCCUCCGGAGGGGACCACUUUUGCCUGGGGCGGCUGCGCAACAUCUACAGAACCAGAGCCAUCGAGAAAGCCAGGAUGCUCGUAGGCAAGGGGGUGCAGCUGGAGUGCAAGAACGAAGGGGACGUGUGGGUCAAGUGCCUCAGUGACCACCCGCUGUUCGUGCAGAGUUACUACCUGGACCGAGAGGCUGGCCGAGGCCCCGGAGAAGCCAUCCACAAGAUCUACCCGAGUGCACAUAUCAAGGUGUUUGAUUUACAGCAGUGCCAGUAUGAGAUGCAGUACCAGGUGGCUAUGGCGCAGGCCGCGGCGGCUACCCAGAUGGCACCAGUAGCCGGAAAUGUCCCUGGACUGAGAGGGAGAGGGGUCCCUGCUCUCGGGCCUCUGGCGGCUGCUGGGAUCAGGGCUGAAGACCUGCACCACUUAUGCUUGCUCAGGAUGAGCCUCGUCAAAGGCUGGGGGCCCGAGUACUCGAGAGAGAGCAUUAAGCAAACCCCUUGCUGGAUUGAGAUCCACUUACACCGGGCUCUCCAGCUCCUUGACGAAAUGUUCCACCCACAGCAAGCCUGCGGCUACUAGACCGAGGACCCUGGCUGGGAUCAGCCCGAGCUCUGGCCUGCUUUCGUCCUGCUGGAACUUUUCAGCCUAGAACUUGAACUUCAAACCGCUCCCUUCCUCCUCCUCGAGAUGACUCAGAGCUGCAAACGGGGGGGAACUCAUCCCGGUCGAGUCCUCCCCAGCUCCCUGUGGGGGCAGCAUGCCAGGGCUGGAAAAUGGAACUGACCCCUGGCCAGAGCACCCGCUUUUGUGUGCAAAGCCCACACGACGCUGUUCUGCCCGAUAGAUGCCACAGGGCUGCUGCGUGACCGCAGAGAAGGUCCUCCAAGGUAAUUCGCCUCUAUCUCCCUGUGUACGGGCCUACGCGAGGCCUACAGGUGCCGCGUUGGGGAGUUAACGCCAGCUCUGCCUCGGAGGAGGUGGGGGCACAAGAACUGCAGCUUGGCCUCUCGCCAAGACACUUUCUUUGAAACUUGAGAAGGGAAAGAUGGCCUUUUCAUGCACGCUACACUGACCGAGGCUGCUGGGGGUUUCUGUUCCCGGGUCCGAGUCCGUUAGUGCAUUUCUCUUCCCUGGCCCUGCUGCAGAAGAACAGGCAGAGGCUCUCUAAAUUCUGGUCAUCGGGCCCGGGGCCUAACGAGCCCAGCACCAGGACCGCCUGCCUUCAUUGGGGCACGAGGACAACUUCCACAUCCCCGAGAGCAGAACAGGGAAUGCCAUGAUGUCGCUCUUCUGCCAAGCCGAUGACGCUUACAUUCGUAGCAAAGAGACAGCAUCUGGCAAAUGGCUAAGACUGCUGUCGGAUACCCGGGGGGGGGGGGGGAGACACGCUAGCCUUGGCCGCCCGGGACUGCUUUCUGGCACUUGAGCUGUUGGGGGAUCUCAUACACAGUUUAGGUCACGUCUCUUAAGACACGGUUUGAAAUGAAGAUUUUGUAGCGAUUUCCUUAUAGCUUUGCAUUUCUAGCUGGGCCGCCGAUGGCCACCCCAAUUGGCCCUGGCUUUGUAGGGAGAAGCCAAGUAGAAAAAGUGGCAAUUGUAGUGGCUGGACGCCA